CAGGCCUUCUGAAUUCUCGUCCCCUCUCACCAUCAUGUCAGCUCCCGCGCAAGUAGCGUGGGACUCGCUCCCAACAGCAGAAUGGACUCUUCAGCAAGUAGACGCCGCUGGCUCGUCUGGCAUCCCAGACUCGCGCGAGCUGGUAGGCCGUCCGCCGAUGCCUGCCAACCUCGAAGACGAAAAGUCCCUCGAUGAGCACCACAAGCGUCGCGCUGACUGGCAGAUGGCGCUUCAGGGACACCUCAAAUCCCUUGAGGCUCGUCAAAUGAUCGAGUUCCAGUCACACGACGAGAUCACCUACGCUCUCACGGCCGAAGGGUACGGGAUUGCCCACUCUGGCUCGCAAGAGGCACGUCUCUUUGCUGCGCUGCCUCCCGGGGGAGACGAGGCCAAGACCUUGGAUGAGCUCAAGAAGGAGCUCGGAGCUGAUGUCCUCAAGAUUGGCCAAGGCAAGGCCUUCGCCAAGAGGUGGGCGAGGAAGCAUCCUGAAAAGCAAGGCGCAUUGGCGAGGAUGCCCGGCGUCGAGGAGAUUGUGGACGAUACGGCUGAAGACCUGAGGGAGAUCAGGAGGAGUGGCACAUUGCAGGAUGGACAGAGGGUCAAUGACCUCAAGAAGCGCAAGCUAGUGGUGCAGAAGAAGCUCCUCUGGUUCUCAAUCACCAAGGGCCCGCAGUUUAGCCUCAAGAUCGAAAAGCUCGCAACAGAUCUUUCAGCUGAGAUGCUCCAAUCAGGCGAAUGGAAGACGCGUCCCUUCAAGAAGUACAACUUCGACGCCGAAGGUGUCAUGCCCGUCACUGGAGCAUUGCACCCGCUGUUGAAAGUGCGAGAGGAGUUCAGGAACAUCUUCUUUGAGAUGGGAUUCACCGAAAUGCCCACGAACCGAUUCGUCGACUCAAGCUUCUGGUGCUUCGACUCCCUCUUUGUCCCGCAACAGCACGCCGCUCGCGACAUGCAGGACACCUUCUUCAUCAAGUCACCCGCCGCAGCGAAGCACAUCCCAGAGGACUAUCUCUCUCGCGUGACCGCCGCCCACGAGGACGGAGGACCAUAUGGCUCGACAGGGUAUGGCUACAAGUUCUCCCGCGACGUUACCGAAAAGCUUGUUCUCCGCACCCAUACUACAGCCGUGUCUGCGGCCAUGCUGUAUGAGCUAGCGAACAGGCCGGGCGGGUUCAAGCCGGCCAAGAUGUUCAGUAUUGAUAGGGUGUUCAGAAAUGAGGCUGUCGAUGCGACGCAUUUGGCCGAGUUCCACCAGGUUGAGGGAGUCGUCGCGGACUACAACAUUACAUUGGGCGAUCUCAUCGGUUUCAUGCAAAUCUUCUUUGCCAAGAUGGGCGUCACCAACCUGCGCUUCAAGCCCGCCUAUAAUCCCUACACAGAGCCAUCACUCGAGAUCUUCUCUUACCACUCUGGCCUGGGCAAGUGGGUCGAGAUUGGCAACAGUGGCAUGUUCCGUCCAGAGAUGUUGAGGCCUAUGGGCCUACCCGAGGGCGUGAAUGUGCUUGGAUGGGGACUCAGUCUGGAGAGGCCGACGAUGAUUCGUUAUGGGAUCAACAACAUUCGUGACUUGGUGGGACACAAGAUCAGCAUCACUGACGUAGAGAGAGCGCCUGCUGUCAGGUUCCCGUAAAGAGGAGAGUGACAGAGCAAAGAGAGCGGUAAUGAAAAGAG